GACAAUUACCAUUUUGACCUGGUAUUGCAUUGCCGGUUGCAAGAUUUGCACCCCCUGCUUAUGUAUAAGGUCUGUGGUACAUCUGAAACAUACUGAUUCUCAUGUUAGGCCGCCUGUAAUACGACGGUUGACCUCUUCGGGCGGCCAAUUUAUAAAACUUGUCCUACCGACUACUAGAAACAUCAUGGCUGAAGCUGUCGGCACAGCCCUAGCCGUUGUUGGCGUACUGGGGCAGAUUUUCGAUGGUUGCGUUAAGGCAUAUUCGUUCUUCAGCACGGCCAGGUCUUUCGACAGCGACAGCCAGAAGGUGGUAUGCAAAAUCCGGAUCGAAGAGACGCGGUUGAUCGUGUGGGGACGGCAGUGGGGUGUCGCGGAAGGAAGGCUUGAGAAGCAUCUGAGCCAAGUGGACAGCGGCGGAGGAGGCCUGAUGCGGAACAUUGCGGUAGAAAUAUUGACAAAUCUCCAGACGACCAUCACGGAUGUGCAGAAGCUGAAAGAUAGAUACGGGUUGGUAGAGAACGGUGAAACUGGGAAGAAGAAUGACGGGUUAGUGCUAGGGACUGGGAAGCCCGAAACCUGUCCCAGAAAAUCAACUGACGAUGUAAAAAACGUCGGGGACAAGAUGAGGAGCAUGUCGAUCCGGGCAAGAUGGGUUGUGGCGGACAAGGAUAAGUUUGAUUCUUUAUUAAAAGAUCUCAAAUAUUUCAACGAUGGUCUAGAGCAGUUGUUUCCUGCAUCGCGCAUUGCUGGCGUGCAGAGGACGUGGGUUUUCGAAAUGCUCCAAUCAGCCAAGGAUGUCGAAGAAUUGAGCGUGCUUGAGCACGCCUCAGACGAGGUGUAUCCGAAGCUGAACGCCUCUGCAAGCCUGAAGAAACUGAGGAUUAACCUCGACAACAUCCCACAGAAAAAGUUCAAGCCAACAUACGCACUGAAGGUUCAACGGCACGCGCUUGCCGUCGCCGAUAAGGACACGAAGAGAAGCGAGGCAUUUCAUGACCCUUCCGGAAAUGUGUUGAUAGAAUGGGUGGGUUAUGAUAAGGAGGACAUUGAAGGGCGUGUAGUUCACAUGCGGCGGCUCGAUGACCUGGCAAGGAUGAUGCAUUCUGCUGUAGACCGUCAUCCCGACCUACACGCGAUAGACUGCCUAGGCUACACGGACGAUACAGCCAUGAAUCGGUAUGGGCUCGUAUACAGAGCUCCUGAGCCAUCGUAUUCAACUCUACACAAAUUGAUAUCUACCAACGAGUUCAAAACACCCGACCUGAACGAAAGAAUAAAGCUGGCAUACACACUUUCCGUGGCACUAUUAUCGUUACACUCACUGGACUGGCUGCACAAAUCCUUGUGCUCAAAUAAUAUACUGUUCUUUCCCUCCCCCUUUUCAGCCUCGGCAACGAGAACCACCGCAACGGCGGCGUUGGUCCCCGACAUAUCCGAACCUUUUCUAGUGGGGUUCGAUGCAUCUCGACCAGAUUUAGACACGGAAAUGUCCGUGGCCUCGAAAAAUCCGUCCAUACUAGACCUUCAUCGUCAUCCAAAAUCAUUGAGUGGGUUGUCGCGGAAGCCUUAUUGCAAAAGCUAUGACAUCUAUAGUUUGGGUUUAGUCUUGCUGGAAAUAGGAGAUUGGAAGAUACUGCAAACGUACUACAGACCGCAUUAUUCUGCUGAACGCUGGCGAGAUAAAAUCAUCCUGCCGCAACUCCUUCCACGGAUAGGCGCUAAGGCGGGCCGACUAUACAGAGAUGUCGUUGAGCGCUGUUUGACGGCCAAAGACGACAUAACGAGCGAGGAAGCUGGCCAACUGAUGGAGGAGGUCGUAGCAACGCUCGAGAAAAUAAAUGUCUGA